AGUCUCCACUAGGGCUGGCUGGAGGCAGGUAGGUGUUUUUAGUUCUCACUCAUUUUAUGCUUUUUAAGUCUGGUUUUAAAUGGCGUUUUAAGGGUUUCAGUGCAGAGAUACUCCGGUGGCAGCUUUUAUCCCCUGGAUCUGUGGUUUUAAUCUACACGGUGAGAUGGAAGUUUUAAUAGUUUUUUAGUACUAUUUACAAUCGGUUCUGUCUCUUUUAAUCCACAGAUUUUAGCCUGCUACUGUUUUAGAGUGCUUUAAAGUGUUUUAGGGUUUUAGAAUUUCAGUUGGGUUUUGAUUAAUUCAACUCGAUUACUUUAAUUGGUUUGUUCUAACCCUAAUUUCUCUGCACCGUGUUUUAUUUUAUUGAUGUCCCCGGGUGUUUAGUUUUUGGUUUAGUGAGUUUAGUUUCCCGCGGUGGCUUGGGAGGGAAUUAGCCCGUAUUUUUGUUUAUUCACUUGGGGUCUUUGCUGUUUGGCGUGUGUGUGUUGAUAGCACUUUCUGUUUUGUUUGCGGUGGGGCGAUUCCUUCUCAACCAUCCUUGUUGGUCUUUUGUUAAUGUUAAUAUCCUUUUUUUUUAGGUUCUGUUUACGCCCAGGGUCUACAAGGUUUUAAUUGUAUUUUAUUCUGUAUUUGGCCAUUUUGAUAAUUACCUGGAAUAAAUCGUAUUUAGCUAAUAAAUUAAUUUUAACAUUACAUUUUGUUUGCUGCUUCAUUUUAAUAUUUUAAAUAAAUUUUAUUACACAUUUUAAGUCUGGUCUCUGCCUUGUUUUUACAAUACUUACCUGUGUGUCUUAUUUUAAGCUGGUGGUUCUUUUAUGGGUUUUUAAAACACUUUUUACCAGUUUAUUCUUAAGUACCUCGGGUCACAUUUGCUUUUUACGGCUGGUUAAUGAUCAGUGACCCUACCAAGGCCAUAUCUCAGUGUGCUGAUCACUUUCACCAUAUUCCUGAAAUGGAGAGUCCCUUGCUUCUCAGCAUGGACAUCAGAAAAAGUCCUGCCCAGCAGGACAUGGCACUGAUGUCCUUUUACCAACGGCCUGAUGUGGAAUGGACACGACCCCUGAAUUACAGACUUGAAGGUCGGUCCAGUUACAAGUUUUAAUUGUCACAAAGGAUUGAGAGCAUUUUCUUCAUGGUAUAAACCUGACAUUGUGUUGCAGGAGACGCUGCUAUUGGAGAGGCUGUCAUUGGCUUUUUUCUCUCUACAUGCAUGGAAAAGCUGCAGUCAGGGUUUGUGUCUUGUGUCUGUGGCAUCCUCACAAAUGUUGACUUUAUUUUAGGUGACAGGAAAGAUUUUUGAACACCAUGUUUCUAUGAUGUGUUGAUGCAUCACUGUGCUAACAAUGCAGUCUGACAACUAUUCCCUCACAUUCACACCUAGAGGCAGUGAAGACUCACUAAUAUUAACCUGCAUGUUAUUGUGUUGUGGGAGGAAGCCUGUUGUUUAUUGUUUGUGUGUUUUUUAUGUCUUCAGCAGCACACUCCAGCAUUCCAAGGCUUUUUGAAGGAGAUCCUGAGCAUUUAGUGCCCUCAGCCUCUCACUUUGUUGUGGAAAGUGAUGUGUUCCUCAUGCAGGGAGAAUGUUAGGCCACUCCUUUCUUCAUGUGUCUUCAGGACUCAGCCCUGCUGUUGUUCAUGUUCUGCUCACUGGAAGUCCUGAAACUGCAGCUGCUACACUGGAGGACUGUCCAGACCUGGACAUCAGAGGAACAAUCACACUCUAUGAUCAUUUAAACAAUAACCUGUUUCCUUCCAUGUUCUAUUUAUUCCACAGUGGGGCACCUUUUUAUCCUAUAUCCAGUGUCCUUGAGGGCUCAUAGUGAUGUUUAUGACUAAUCCAAGCCUGGGAGCUGAUGAGAAUUUUAUGAAUUACUUUUAUGUUAAAAAUGAAAAUGUGGAUUGUAGAGUGACUCAAAUGCCAGUCAUCUGUGAAGACAGUGGAGCUUAUCUGGACCCACCAUGUUCCAGCGUUUAUUAUUUAGUGUUCAGGUCUUUAACAGCUGCACAUAGAAUCUGGUAUUUUCUUUCCUAAUUUGCUCUCCUUUGUUUUGAAGCUUGAAGGGCAUUCCAGACUCUCUGAAAAAGAUAGAAAAAGUGCUGAGGACUUGGCCUCUGCCUGGAACCUCCCUCCUCUAACUGAGGACAACAGAAGACGGCUUUUUGAGAAGCUAUUGAUCCAUGCUUAAUUGUCGUCACAAGACAAAUGAAGCAGCUGCAGUGAGGCCUUAAAGAAACUCCAACAUGGACAGAGCUGACUCAACCACCAACACAGUCGCCUUGAUUUUUCCAAAAGAGGGAGCAGGAAUAUCAGCCCAGAGGGAGCCACGAUGACAUCAGAGGACCUCAAAAACAUCCUGGAUGAUCUGAGUGAUGCUGAGCUGCGUACAUUCCAGUGGCACCUGAAGCAGCCCAACAAUGUUCAAGGCCUCCCAGCCAUCACAAAGAGCCGACUACAGACACUAGACAGGUGUAAAACUGUGGAUGUGAUGGUGGAGACUUAUGGACUUCAGAGAGCUGUGCAGGUGACCAGGGUGGUUUUAGAGAAGAUCUCCAGGAAUGAUCUGCUGCAGAGGUUUCCUGCCAGCAGCUCAGGACCAGAAGGUCAGUCACAAGACAAGAACAACAUGAUAUCAUUACAGUCAGAAAGAUGCAUGAUGGUGCUGCUACAGUUUGAUAGAGUUCAGGUUCUGUCAGUUUUUCCUGAGUCCACAUGUAAGGUCAGUUCCUCUGUAAAAUCUACUGAUCAACCUACUGACUGAAUGCUGCCCCCUGCUGUUUAAACCUUGAUAGAACACCAAAAUUAGUUCUGUAUGAGCUGACCUUCUGUGGAAGCAAAGCAUGUCCCACCUGUCCUCACCAAAUUAUGAGCCGAUCAGACAGUUUCUGAAGAUUCUUCAUUCAUGCUGUUUAGCUGGGAGUGGUCCUGCAGUUUACAACCAGAGGGAAGCUGACCAAUCAGCUCUCAGUAAGGGCAGAACAAUGUUGUUGAAGCAGCUGCAUUCCAAAUCACAAACCUUUAAAUCUGAAUACAUGCAACAGUUGACCUCACAAAGUAUUCACUGUGUCCUGCAGUGUGCAUCCAAUUAGAACAUAGUACUUCAUAAUAUGGUGCCUUAAACUCUGACUAUCCCAGUCUGUAGUAAUGUGGUGUCAUCUGACUGUGAGCUCUCAGCAGCUCAAACUUAUUUCUAUUUCCAUGACACACUGUUAAGUGCUAUGACUGUUCAUAGAAUGUGGGUCAGAACGGCCAGAAAAACAUGUUAGUUUGCAUUCUACAAAAUCAGUUUGAAUGUGGUCAGACAUCUGGGUAUUUCUGACAUACUACAUUUACAUAAUAUGUACUGGGAUGUACUACAUCUUUUUCUGUGUGUACCAUCUGGCAUGUUAGUAUGUAGUACUAUGUAACAUUACGUUCUACUUUUAAACCAUCAACAACCUCCCAGUGACCUACCACACUGGAAAUGUCAAGUCUUCAGAGGGUUUGGAUGGAGCAAUAAGGCAGCCAUGUUGGCUGACUAUUUUAAGGGGACACUGUUGCUGCAUCCUGGGCUUAGCUCCACCCUGGAUGACUGUGGCUGCUUUAAAAAGACAGCCCUUCUUCCCUCUAUAGCAGAAUAAUAAUGAGGUGAAGCCAGAACACUCUGUUCUUCAGAAUGGUCUGGAUAUGCCAGACUAAUGUCAGAGUAACAUCAGGUUUUACUUUGAAGGAGCAGUUUGGUGUCAGAAAACCAGAGUUAAUCAACACCAUAAACUCAUCAAUAAAUGUCAACAUAAAGUCCCUUCUAAGUCUGUUGUAGCUGAAAUAAAUGAAAGCAGUGAGCAGUGGAGAAUAUAACAUGUGAUCUCUGUCUGUCUGUCAGUUCAUGUCAGUGAUGUUGGGGAGACUUCAGAGAAGAGAGAACCUUCCUCCUCUCAGACUCAGCCUCCUCUUCCUCAGACUGAAGGUAAAACUGAUGGAUUCUUUGGUCUGUAAAGAAAGAUGGCAGCAGUUCCUCAUGCCUGAAAUGGAAGCUGAGUUUCAGCAGGUUGUUUUGUACAACACAGAACAGUGGUUGACUAUGGAGUUGCAUGAGGCAGCAGGUUGUAGUGUAGCUGUAGCAUAAUGGUCAGUUUUGUGUCUGGUGAUCCUCAAAUCUAAUUUUCUAAACUGGUGUCUAUUUUAAGCUGGUUUCUGAGAGCCUUUUGAUGGUGAAGAAAACUGUACUCACUGACACCUUGAAUGUCUUCAGUUUCUCUGGAGGUGUUACGGCUGUGGCCGUAUUUUGUAAUAUUGUGUUGGUAGUUUGGAUCUGUUUUGUUGUCUGGGAGUGGGUGUUCUGUCUCUGUGUGGAUCUUUGUCUUGUCCUUGUUUUCUGUGAGUUGUCUGUUCGUCUUGUUAGGUUGUAGUGGGUGUUCUGUGUCUGUGUGUAGAUCUUUGUGUGCAGGAGCUGUAAUUGGUGGCCAGGCGGACCCAGUUGCUGAUUGGCUGUUCCUCAUUUUAAAAUCUCAGUGGAGUGGAGCCUCUCUGACAGCAGCACCCUUAUUUUUUCCCCAGACUCCAACCUAUUGUGCUUGAUACCUGUGUUUACUUGUCAGAUUAAGAUAGUGUGGUUUUUGUUUGUUAGACUUAGGUUUCAUUUUGUAGUAGUUGUAGGUCUGUUGGAUAGGUUUUUUUUGUUUGAGCGCUUGAAUGUCUCUUUAGUUUGUAUCCAGUUUUUGUUUAUUGUUUGAAUGACUAGCCCAUAUAGUGGCCUACUUUAUUUGUAAAUAUUGUAAAUAAACCUUUUGUAUUUUUCUGAGAACCUGUUAAUCAUUGUUUUUGGGGACUAGGAAAAUAUUUAAAAAAAAAAAAAUAAAUAAAUAAAUAAAAAAACAUUAUGCUACCCACCUUCCCCUUAGACGGGUGCGUAACAAGAGGAAAGACCUACAUUUUAAGUGUAAUGAUGGUCUGUCUCUCUUCUAUUGUUAAUUACCUUUUCCUCUCCAUUUUUAUAGCAACACGCUAUUUUCUGCAGUACAAUACUGUUCAUAUAAUGCUCUGGAGGGUUCCACAGUGUGUUCCAACACUACUUUAUGCAGACAGAGGGGGUUGGAAGGAAUCUAGAAAAGUUGGGACACCUGUAGGAUUUGGUAACACCAACUUUCAAGGCUUGAUCAACCUCCAAUUGCUGCAGAACAGCUUUAAGUUGUUAAACCAUUUCUGUUGCCUGAAAAAGGCCUUUUUGUAUAAUUCUGAAAUGUACAUUAUUUUUCAGUUUUGGAUAACCUUACCUUUUUUUUUUAUCCUUUGGCAGUUCACCACUUGCCUUUGUACCAUUUCAAGCUAUUCAUUGGACUUGAACUACUUGAAUUUCAAUGAAAAACUGGAAGAAUUGGGACGUUCUAAAAGUUUUGACCAGUAGUGCAUUUUGAUAAGGGCCCUGGUGAGCCCAGAACAGAGCUGCUGGUCCAGCUCUCUGUUUUUAGGUUCUAUUGACUAAAGGGUCUUCUCCAAAUAGGAACUCUAAGAACACCUUAAAUUUAACUUGAGGUAAACCACCUACCUUCUGACUGCCUCCAUAGUUAACCAUCUGGGUAGCCCUUUAGCUGAGUUGCCCUUUCAGUCAGUUUUUCAGUCACUUUCCUCCAAAUGAUCAGGGUAAGUUGCUGCAUUAUGUGAAGAGUUUAGAAUGAAACCCCCAGAAAUAAGUAUAGGAAAAUCUCACAAAUGCAAUAGCCCAACUUUAUAUUAGCAUCAGAUGUUAUCGGUGGCUAACUAAAAGUCCAACCUCUUUGUAGUUGCUUAGUUGCUUGUGUUUUUCCAACAACAACAGAGGUUUCUGUAGACACACACCUCACACUGUUCCUUUCAUGUUUGACACAGAUGAGACUGUUCCGGUACCAGAACCACGUCCCAUCAGAUAUUACCAACAGAAGCUUCAGUCAAACUUCCAGGACACAUUUAAGGUUACAACAGAGGGGUGGGCAGCAGAUGAGGAGCUUCUGGUUGAUAUCUACACAGAGGUGUACAUCACAGCUGGCCGGGACGUGCACGUCAACACACAGCAUGAGGUCCUACAGAUUGACAAGGUGUGGAAGCCAUCAGACACAGAGACACAGAUCCAACCCAGAGACAUUUUCAACCAUCCUUCUGGAAAAGACAUACCCAUCAGAACAGUGCUGACCAAUGGGAUUGCAGGGAUUGGAAAAACAUUCCUUGUGCGUAAGUUUGUGUUGGACUGGGCCGAAGAAAGAACCAAUCAAGACGUGCAUCUUAUUUUCCCGUUCACUUUCCGUGCCCUGAAUUCACUGCAGGGACAAGAGUUUGGUUUGGCAGAGCUCAUUCAUGACUGUAUCCCAGAAACUAAAGACGUCACAGUGGAGGCUCUGAAUUACAUCUUUACAGCUCUGCAGUCAUCAGGAACCAGCAGCUACAAGAAGAGCAGAUUCAAACUGCUGUUUGUGUUUGAUGGACUGGACGAGAGUCGCCUUCAUCUGGACUUUGAUGUAAACAACAUUCGCUCCGUGGACGUAACAAAGUCAACGAAAAUAGAAGUCCUGCUGAGCGGACUUAUCAGUGGAAGACUGUUGCGCUCAGCUCGCCUCUGGAUAACCACACGACCUGCAGCAGCCAAUCAGAUCCCUCAGAACCUCGUCAACACUACAACAGAGGUCAGAGGGUUCACCGACCCACAGAAGGAGGAGUACUUCAGGAAGAGAUUCAGAGACAAGAAGCAGGCCAGGAGCAUCAUCUCCCACAUGAAGAAGUCACGAAGCCUCCACAUCAUGUGCCACAUCCCAGUGUUCUGCUGGAUCACUGCUACAGUUCUGGAGGAGCUGCUGGAAACCAGAGAGGGAGGAGAUCUGCCCAGAACCCUGACUGAGAUGUACGCAGAGUUUCUAAGAUUUCAGAUUGAUCAUACAAAAGAAAAGUACGGUCUAGAGAAGUGCAUUCAGUACAUUAAGUCAUUAGCUAAACUGGCUUUUGAACAGCUGCAAAAGGGCAACCUGAUCUUCUAUGAGAAAGAUCUGAGAGAAAGCAGCAUCGAUGUGAGUGAAGCCUCAGUGUACUCAGGAGUGUUCACAGAGAUCUUCAAAGAAGAGCGAAGACGGAAACAGAAAGACAAGAUGUUCAGCUUCGUCCAUCUGAGUGUUCAGGAGUUUCUGGCUGCUCUUCAUGUCCAUCUGACCUUCAUCAACUCUGGAAUCAACCUGCUGGAAGAAGAACAACAAACAACAUCCUGUUGGUCUGAAAUGUUCCAAAGUUAUUCAACAGGUUUCUACCAGACAGCUGUGGACGAGGCCCUACAGAGUCCAAACGGACACCUGGACUUGUUCCUGCGCUUCCUCCUGGGUCUGUCACUGCCGACCAAUCAGAAAAUCCUACGAGGCCUGCUGACACAGACAGGAAGUAGCUCACAGACCAAUCAGAAAACAGUGGAGUACAUCAAGGAGAAGAUCAGUGAGAAUGUGUCUGUAGAGAGAAGCAUCAAUCUGUUCCACUGUCUGAAUGAACUGAACGAUGUUUCUCUAGAGGAUGAGAUCCAACAGUCCCUGAGAUCAGGACGUCUGUCCACAGAUGAACUGUCUCCUGCUCAGUGGUCAGCUCUGGGUUUCAUCUUAAUGUCAUCAGGAGAACAUCUGGACGUGUUUGACCUGAAGAAAUACUCUCCUUCAGAGGAGGUUCUUCUGAGGCUGCUGCCAGUGGUCAAAGUCUCCAAGAAAGUUGUACUUAAUAACUGUAAUCUGUCAGAGAGAAGCUGUGGAGCUCUGUCCUCAGUCCUCAGCUCCCAGUCCUCCAGUGUGACAGAGCUGGACCUGAGUAACAACAACCUGCAGGAUUCAGGAGUGGAGAGUCUUUCUGCUGGACUGGAGAGUCCACACUGUAAAGUGGAAGCUCUCAGGCUGUCAGGCUGUCUGGUCACAGAGGAAGGCUGUGCUUCUCUGGCCUCAGCUCUGAGCUUCAAGACCUCAAAUCUGAGAGAGCUGGACCUGAGCUACAACCAUCCAGGAGACUCAGGAGAGAAGAUGCUGAGAGCUAAAGUGGAGGAUCCAGACUGUAGACUGGAAACUCUCAGGGUGACGCCUGCUGGAGUCCGAUGGUUGACACCAGGUCUGAGGAAGUAUUCCUGUCAACUCACAGUCGACACAAACACAGUAAACAGAAACCUCAAACUCUCUGACAACAACAGGAAGGUGACAUAUGUGGUGGAGGAUCAGUCGUAUCCUGAUCAUCCAGACAGGUUUGACCUCCCCUGGCAUCAGCUGCUGUGUGGAACUGGUCUGACUGGUCGCUGUUACUGGGAGGUGGAGUGGAGAGGAGUGGUUCGUAUAUCAGUGAGUUCCAGAGGAAUUGGAAGAAAAGGAGACAGAGAUGACUGUGUGUUUGGAUUUAAUAAUGUGUCCUGGAGUCUGUUCUGCUCUGAUCAUGGUGGUUACUAUGUCUGGCACAACAACAGUCAAACAUCCAUCAGUUCCUCCUCAGUCUCUCACAGAGUUUCAGUUUAUGUGGAUGUUCCUGCUGGAACUCUGUCCUUCUACAGAGUCUCCUCUGACUCUCUGAUCCACCUCCACACCUUCAACACCACAUUCACUCAACCUCUCUAUCCUGGAUUUGGAUUUGGUGUUAGGUUUCGUUCCUCAGUGUUUCUGUGCUGAGUUGAGUCUCCAGAGUCUCCUCCUGGUAGAGAAACAGUGUUGAACAGAUUGUUGAGUCUCUCCAUGACUCUGUCCCUCAGAAACAUGUUUUCACAUUCAUGGAUUAAAUGUGUUUCUUUGUGAAAUCCCUGUAAAUGUUUCCUAGUGAUGAAAUGAGAACUUCCUUCAUCUUGUGUGUGAUGGAGAAGAAUAAAGGGCUGUGGCUAAAAAUCCUGA